AUGUCUGCUAGAAUAGAAAGGAUGUUUUCACGUCCUGCUUUGAGAGUGAAUGAAGCUUUGGAUCACUUGCCAAAGAUCUACAAUGUUUAUUUCAUCGCCAGUAUUUCCACCAUUGCUGGUAUGAUGUUUGGUUUUGAUAUUUCAUCAAUGUCGGCAUUCAUUGGUACUCCAUCGUAUAUGAACUUUUUCGACUCACCAGGCUCCACCAUCCAAGGUUUCAUCACUGCAUCAAUGGCCUUGGGUUCAUUCUUUGGUUCCAUCUUUUCCACCUUUGUUUCUGAACCAUUUGGCAGAAGAUUGUCGCUUUUGACCUGUGCAUUCUUUUGGGUUGUUGGUGCUGCUAUCCAAUCGUCGUCGCAAAACAGGGCUCAGUUAAUCAUUGGCCGUAUCAUUUCCGGUUUGGGUGUUGGUUUCGGUUCUUCCGUUGCUCCAAUCUAUGGUUCUGAGUUGGCACCUAGAAAGAUUAGAGGUUUGAUUGGUGGUUUCUUCCAAUUUGCCGUCACCUUGGGUAUCUUGAUUAUGUUUUACAUCUCGUACGGAUUAGGUAAAAUCAAUGGUGUUGCCAGUUUCAGAAUUGCUUGGGGUAUUCAAAUUAUUCCUGGUUUGUUGUUGCUCAUUGGAUGUUUUAUUAUUCCCGAGUCACCACGUUGGUUAGCAAAGCAAGGUAAAUGGGAACAAGCUGAAUUUAUUGUUUCCAAAAUCCAAGCCCACGGAAACAGAGAAGACCCAGAGGUUUUGAUUGAAAUUUCGGAAAUCAAGGAUCAAUUGUUGAUUGAAGAGGCAGCCAAGAAUGUUGGAUAUGCAACCUUGUUUAGAAAGAAGUACAUUAUGAGAACUUUUACUGCUGUUUUUGCUCAAAUUUGGCAACAAUUGACUGGUAUGAAUGUUAUGAUGUACUAUAUCGUUUACAUCUUUGAAAUGGCUGGUAAAUCAGGUAACGCCAACUUGGUUGCUUCAUCAAUUCAAUACGUCUUAAACACCGUUUGUACCGUUCCUGCAUUGUUGCUUUUGGAUAAAGUUGGUAGAAGACCAUUGUUGAUUGGAGGUGCCAUCAUGAUGGCUGCUUGGCAAUUUGGAUUGGCCGGUAUCUUGGGUGCAUACUCUGUCCCAUGGACAGAUUCACCAAGUGAAAGUGUCACCAUUCAAAUUCCAAAAUCACACUUGCCUGCUUCUAAUGGUGCUAUUGCUUGCUCAUACUUGUUUGUUUGUUCAUUUGCUUCUACUUGGGGUGUUGGUAUCUGGGUCUACUGUUCGGAAAUCUGGGGUGACAACAGAAUUUCUCAAAGAGGUAAUGCUGUCUCUACUGCUGCCAAUUGGAUAAUGAAUUUCGCCAUUGCUAUGUACACACCAUCUGGUUUUAAGAAUAUUGAUUGGAGGACUUAUAUUAUUUACGGUGUGUUUUGUGUGGCCAUGGCUACUCACGUAUUUUUCGGAUUCCCAGAAACAAGAGGUAAGAGAUUGGAAGAAAUUGGACAAAUGUGGGAUGAGAAAGUGCCAGCUUGGAGAUCAGCUUCGUGGCAACCAACCGUUCCAUUGGUAUCUGAUGCCGAAUUAGCAAGAAAGUUGAGUGUUGAACACAACGAAGAGAAAUUAAUGGAAGAGGAUUCCAAUACUGACGAAGAAAGAAGAAGUUAG